CUCUCGUCUCAGUCUGUAAUGACAACGGCACCAGUUCAUAUCGUGAGCGCGCGCAAAUAAAACGAAUAAAUACAAACGCAAAAAGAACGAAACGAAACGGAACGAAAAAGUAACGCCAAAGGUGUAUGUUUGUUUGCAGCUUCUCCACUCUACAGAUUUCCAUAUAGCCAUUUCCAUCCACCAACCAACGACGAAUCUCUGGCAAGAUGAGCUGCGGAAUCUCCAUGGUUAAAUAUAUUCUGUUUAUAUUCAAUUUGCUAUGUUCGAUAUGCGGCAUUCUGCUGAUCGUUUUUGGUGCGCUGCUCUUCAGCAACAUCCACAACAUCGAUGACUUUGCCGAGGCGCUGCGCACGCAGCAGGUGCCCAUCACAAUGAUCGUCCUGGGCACAGUUAUACUGCUGAUCUCAUGGUUCGGCUGCUGCGGUGCCAUACGCGAGUCCUACUGCAUGUCCAUGACGUACUCCAUUCUGUUGUUUGUUCUGAUGAUUGGCCAGCUGGCUUUGGUCAUUUACAUGUGGCUGCAGAAGGACAAAUAUCUGGUCAUUAUGGGCGAUGUUGUGGAGAAGGCCUGGGAACGACGCACACGUCGUGCCGACUACAUGGAUGCCAUACAAAUAAGCAUGGAGUGCUGUGGCCGCACCAACUUCUCGGACUAUUCCUUCCAGGGCUACUUCCCACCCUCCUGCUGCAAGGACACAAACAACUGCCGCCCCGACACUGUCUACAGACGCGGCUGCAAGGCGGCUUUCGUGGAGUUCUGGGACCGAAACAGCGACAUUAUCAAAUAUUCCGGCUUGGUGAUUGCCGCCAUUGAGUUUGUUGGCUUUGUGUUUGCCUGCUGUCUGGCGAACAGCAUUCGGAAUUAUCGUCGUCGCGCGGACUAUUAAAAGUGCCUUUGCAGCGAUGCCUUACUAAUUUUAAAUGAAACCGAAAGUACGAAUUAUGUUGCCCAAUUUUAUAUACACAUAAAGAAACACAUGCAUAUAUACGAGUAUACACAGAUGGCCAUUGAAAAUUUACAUACAAUUUACUCAAGUUAUACGAAAGGAAAACGAAGAAAUCCCCCCAAGAAAAUCUCUAAAUAAAAUCUCGAAUCUCAUAGCGAGAGAGCGAGCGAGAG